UCUCUCUCCUUCCACAAUACUUAUCACACUACAAACUUCAAGAUUACUUACCAAGAAAUCUAAUUCAACUAGCAUUUUUUGGCAACGAUCCGAGAACUUCCGAUGGCACAUCAAAGAAUUGGGAUGGGAACGGUGGUUCUGGUGGUGGUGACCAUGCUCUGGGCAGGAGCGGCAGCCCAGUCAUCAUCGAGUUGUACGAACGCGAUAAUUAGCAUGUCCCCGUGCCUCAACUACAUUACGGGGAACUCUUCGACGCCGUCUUCAGGAUGCUGCACACAGCUUGCCAAUGUUGUUCGCUCACAACCGCAGUGCCUGUGCCAGGUGCUUAAUGGUGGUGGAUCAUCCCUGGGGAUCAAUAUCAACCAAACUCAGGCUCUGGCCCUUCCUGGAGCUUGCAAUGUUCAGACCCCACCAACAAGCCGCUGCAAUUCUGCUUCCCCGGCUACGCCAGUUGGUCCCCCAUCUGCUUCCCCGGCCAAGUCACCCGCAGGCACACCAGAAUCUCCUAACACGGUACCUUCAGGAACUGGGUCUAAAACUGUACCAUCAACGCAAAGCAGCUCAUCAGAUGCGAGUUCUACUAGGAUGACAAUUUCUCUGCUCUUCUUCCUCCUAUUCCUCGCAUCUUAUGGUUCAACUUCCACUUUAUAUUGAGUUCCCUCAUCUCACUGCUCCAUCAGUCAAAUACCGAAUUAUUAUUACUGUAUUAAUUUUUCUUCCUUUUUUUUUUAAAAUUUUUUUAUUUAAGGAUUUCCAUAUCAUUGAGUGUUGCUUGUACUGUUUAUUCUUUGAUGGCCUCUUUUAGGGGUUGACAUGGUUUUGUAUGACUGAAGAGGCUUCAUCUCUUCCUUUCUCAAUAAAGAUAAUUUAUGGUUUAUAAA